AGCGGGGGGCGCGGAACGCAGGCGGAGGCGCGGAGCCGCGCAGGGGCGGCGGGCCCGGCCCGGCUCGGCCCGGCUCAGCCCAGCCCGGCUCGGCCCAGCCCGGCUCAGCCCGGGCGAGGAUGCGGGAGGGGCGGCCCGCGACCCCCGCUGCCCGCCCGCGCUGCCCGGGCGAGGGGCGCCCGCCCCGCCGCCACCAUGAAGAAGCAAUUCAACCGCAUGCGCCAGCUCGCCAACCAGACCGUGGGCAGGGCUGAGAAGACGGAGGUUUUGAGUGAAGAUCUCCUGCAGGUGGAGAAGCGGCUGGAGCUGGUGAAGCAGGUCUCGCACAGCACCCACAAGAAGCUGACGGCAUGUCUGCAGGGCCAGCAAGGCGUGGACGCCGACAAGCGCUCGAAGAAGCUGCCGCUGACCACGCUGGCACAGUGUUUGAUGGAGGGAUCGGCUGUGCUGGGCGACGACUCCCUGCUGGGGAAGAUGCUGCGGCUGUGCGGGGAGGCGGAGGACAGGCUGGCGCAGGAGCUCAUCCACUUCGAGCUGCAGGUGGAGCGGGACGUCAUCGAGCCCCUCUUCGUGCUGGCUGAGGUGGAAAUCCCAAAUAUCCAAAAGCAGAGGAAGCACUUGGCGAAGCUUGUGCUGGACAUGGACUCCUCCAGGACGCGGUGGCAACAGUCGGCCAAGUCCUCGGGUCUGGCCAGCAACCUGCAGCCCUCGGGCGCCAAAGCUGACGCUCUGCGGGAGGAGAUGGAGGAGGCGGCCAACAGAGUGGAGAUCUGCAGGGACCAGCUCUCGGCUGACAUGUACAAUUUUGUGGCCAAAGAAGUAGACUAUGCAAACUAUUUUCAAACCCUGAUCGAGGUGCAGGCAGAGUACCAUCGGAAAUCCUUAGCGCUUCUGCAGAAUGUUCUGCCACAGAUUAAAGCCCAGCAGGAGGCGUGGAUGGAGAAGCCGUCCUUCGGGAAGCCCUUGGAGGAGCACCUGGCCGUCAGCGGGCGGGAGAUCGCCUUCCCGGUGGAGGCGUGUGUCACCAUGCUGCUGGAGUGCGGCAUGCAGGAGGAGGGUCUUUUCCGAGUGGCUCCCUCAGCCUCCAAGCUGAAGAAGCUGAAGGCUGCACUGGACUGCUGCGUGGUGGACGUGCAGGAGUACUCGGCUGACCCACACGCCAUCGCAGGAGCCCUCAAGUCCUACCUGCGAGAGCUGCCAGAGCCCCUCAUGACAUUUGAGCUGUAUGAGGAGUGGAUCCAGGCCUCCAACAUCCCGGAGCAGGAGAAGCGGCUGCAGGCUCUCUGGAGCGCCUGCGAGAAGCUGCCCAAAGCCAACUACAACAACAUCAGGUACCUGAUUAAAUUCCUGGCCAAGCUGACCGAGUACCAGGACACAAAUAAAAUGACACCGAGCAAUGUGGCCAUUGUGCUGGGGCCCAACCUCCUCUGGCCACAGGCGGACGGGAACAUGACGGAGAUGAUGACAACUGUCUCGCUGCAGAUCGUGGGCAUCAUCGAGCCGCUCAUCCAGCAUGCAGACUGGUUCUUCCCCGGAGACAUUGAGUUCAAUGUGACGGGGAACUACGGCAGCCCCAUGCACGUCAACCACAACGCCAACUACAGCUCCAUGCCCUCCCCGGACAUGGACCACGCCGACCGGCGGCAGCACGACCAGACACGGCGGCCCCUCAGUGUGGCCACAGACAACAUGAUGCUGGAGUUUUACAAGAAGGAUGGCCUUAGGAAAAUCCAAAGCAUGGGCGUCAGGGUGAUGGACACCUCGUGGGUGGCUCGCCGAGGCACCUCGGGGGUGCGCAAGGCAUCGUCCACCCCACCGGCCACUCAGCCCCCCGCGCCGCCCGCCGAGCUCCCUGCCGUGCCCCACUCACCUAUUCCCGAGCAGUCACCGGAUAUUUCAGCCACCCCCUCCCCACCUCCCACCAGCUUCGGCUUCCCCCCAGGAGCCGAGCGGACAAGCACUUUAAAGCCCAAGGAGCUCUCCCCCGGGCCUGGGCAGCCGCCGCCCGCCGCCCCCCCCGCCCCCGCCGAGCAGAGCCCGCACGCCCCGCGCAAAGUGGCCAAGAAGCUGGCGCCCAUCCCGCCGCAGGGGGGGACGCAGCCCUCCCCCGCCAGCCUCUCCCCCACCCCCCCUAGCACCCCCUCCCCUUACGGCCCCCCCGCGCCCUCCCCGGGGCCCUGCCUGUUCCCCCCGCAGCCCUCCCCCCCCCCCCCCCCGCCUCCCCCGCCCCCCCCGCUCCUGCCCCCGCCCGCCAGCACCGCCCCUAAAUCUCGCCCCGCCCCCAAAACGCGGCCCCGCCCCUCGCUGCCCCCGCCCCCCCAGCCUCCCCCUACCCCCGCCGCCCCCCAAACCCCGGAGCUGCCCCGCACGGACACCGCGGGGGACGGAGCCCUGACAGGUCUGCUCCGUUUUGAGGUCCCCUCGCUCCAUGUCCCCCCGGAUGCCACCAUGCGCCGGGACCCGCUGGAGGCAUCGCAGAGACUCUCGGGGCUGCAGCAGCAGGAGGAGGAGGAAUCGGAGAGCACAGCCCUAUGACAGUGUCCCUGGCCCCCAGCUCACCCAUGUGGCACCCAGGGGCCAGCACCGGCCACCGGCACCGAGGGCCACCGGCAAGGCACCCAGUUCGGGGGUGGUUGCUGCUCUUUAUUUCAUUUUUUUUUUUGGCCUUAUCCAGACUUUGCCUUUCAACUGGGUGCCUGUGCCUCCCCUCCCACCCCCACCCCGCAGCACCCACGGUCCUGCAGUGAUGCCACCGUCUCCUCUGUGUUCCCAUGGUGGGUGGCGCUGGGUACCGGCCAGGUGACAACGAGCUUGCCAGCGCUUUGCAGCGGGAUUUCAUUUCUUUGGCUUCUUCCCCCUCCACUUGUUUGCCGGAGCAGGACGGGACCUGACCAGCAAUAACCUGGGGAUGCAGGAUGUGGCCCCCCCGGGCUCUCGGGGUGCCGGUGGGCGAGGGCAUGCGUCCCUUGGCACCCGCUGUCCCCAUGGGUUGGUGGCUUUGGUUGUGCAUGUGAAGAGAAAUUAACCUUUUAUCCUUUCCAGAGAGAGAGAAGAGAGAUAUAUAUAUAUAUCGGCAGAGAUAUAUAUAUUAUAUAUUUGUAUAUAUAUAGAAAAAAUAUAUAGAGAUUUGUUUUACUUGGAGCCAUUCCCACCCACCCGGUGCACAGAGGGAGGAUGGAAAUGGCAGCGCUUUGCCCCCCUCAACCCUGCUCGCCCUGUGCCCCUUGCCCCAGGCGGGUACCGGGGCACCAGCACCCCAAGGCGAUCAAUAAAUCCGUGUGCCACCUGCUCUGA